AUAUAAACUUUUCUUUUGGGAUAUGUAUCUUGAUUACGUUAUAGUGCAUUUGAAAAAAGUUAUGUAUCUUGAUUCUUUUUGGAUAUGUAUCUUGAUUACAAAAUAUCCCCAAUCUCGUUGUCUUUCAUCCCUAGUGAGUCAUGGUGCGAUCACGAUCACCCGUCUAUGACCCUCAGAAUCCCGUUGUAGUACUUAAAGUCAAACAAGUGCUUGGUCUACUGUAUGAGUCAAGCAAGCCCUGGACAGCUGAGGAAAUAGAUGCACGUGUUGAUUUGCAAGGCGUUGAUAAGGCCAUCUUCUUUAAAAAAUUGUCAACCUACCCAAGGGUUCUUUUUGAUGGACAGCGUUACUCUUAUAGGUCUGGGGGUUACGUGAGAGACGCAAUGCGACUUCGAGUACUAACACGUCAAUUUGCAGAGGUUGAUCUUAAAGACGAUGCAACUUUCACGGAGGAGGAAGGGACCCGGGGCACCUCCAAACGAAAAUUUAAGAGGAUCAAACUCACCACUCCUAGCUUUAAUGACCUCUUCAAAUAUACUCCUGAAGGUAUAAGAGAAGAAGAAGAAGAAAAACGAGGAGGAUAUGUAAUAUGUUCUCGAUCCUAACUCGUUUGUUAUUUGAAUCUCCUGAGCUUCACUUGUGUUUGGUUUACCUACCUUAAAUCUUCUAGUGUUUGUUCUUCGGGUGUGGUCUCUGUUUGUUUUGUUUCAUAUGCAUGCUCACUUUCAAAUCUUUUCAAUCGUAAAGCUCGAAGUCUAUGUUUGUUUAGUUAUGUCUCGUGAAUCAACAACGUUGGUUUUGAGUACUCUUUUGUUAAUCUAGAAUCCACAUCUCUGUUUUCUCACAGUUGUGGUGUUUUUUUUUU